AUGCCCUCCACGAAGCAUCCCGACGACGACGCCCUCCUCUUCUUCGCCGUUCGCUUCAGGACAGCCACGACCACGACCGCUCUCUACUCGGCCCCAAACACGACCAUGGCGAAGACAGCCUUUUACUCAGCCGGUUCGUACGGCUCGCCUCUCUACGCUAUAAGAUCAUUUGACCCCUCCACUCCCAUGAUCCUCCCAGAUCCCAAACCUCGUCCUCCUCCAGGGCGAUCCACCACCUCAGGAGUCCCUGGCGAGAUCGAGGUCGCGGUGCCUGUGUUCGAGGCCUGCGUCCACGUCGGCAAGCUGGAACGCGCUGCCUUGGUCCUCAAGCGUCUGGAGGACAUCGGGGUCCUGGACCCCGAGCAGCUCAUGAGCAUGAACAAUCAGUAUCUCGAGUCAUGGCUGAGGCACAUCAAGUCAGACCCUGGCAUUGGGAAGGCCGAGGAUAUGCAUGCUUGGUACGAGGUGCAUAUUCGCGAGCCGAAACUGCCCCAGACCCCCGAGACGAUUGCCUACAUGCUCAAAGCAUCCCUCCUGACAACGUCUCCCAAGGGCACGAGACUCAACAGGCUCAUCAAACGCUACAUGGGCAUGGUUCCCACGGACCAGGGUCUCGAUGUGCUCUACUGUACCGACAUCUUGUCCGACGCCGACAUUGCUGCGAUCACCAAACACUACCCCGAAUUCAAUAUCUCGUCUCUUGAGGACGAUGGUGCCAUGUACGAGGCCCGAGCAGAAGAUGCCACGGCCUCGAUACCCGCAGACGUCACCGCGGCGGAUGGGUCAGUCGUUCCCGAGGUCCUCGAGACCCCUCAAAAAGGUAGUGGCCUCAGCACGAUCAAGAGCACUCUGGAGAUCUUCAAGCAGAUGAGAGAUGGUUAUGAUAUAUCAACACUUCCCCCGUCUGAGAGGCGGGAAUUCCAGUCCCGACUCGAGACCGACUGCAUUACCGCCGCCAUGGACCGGUGGCGGGAGAUGGACGAGAACCUCCGCAAGAUGGGCCUGAACACCGCCGUCAGCUCGACCAGCAUCAGCUCCAGGCUCUGGACGUGGCACCAGGAUCUCGAGCAGCACCUCAAGGACGAGUUCGUCGAGAUCGAGAAGGCCGAAAAGGCUGUCAAGAAGAACGAGGAAGAACUGGACAGAUGCGUGUGGGGCCCUGUGCUCAUGCAAUCCACACCGUCACGCCUCGCCGCCAUCACCAUCCUUACGGUCCUCAACUCUCUUGCCUACACUGGCGUGGAGAAGGGCGUCUCCCUGAGCAUCAUCAUCAACCACCUUUCCAGAACCGCCGAGGAGGACAUCCAGGCCACUAGAUCCCGCAGGGAACGACUCAGGACCUGGCCCGUCGCUCUCAGGUCCAAGGUUGGUGCAGCGCUCCUCUCCGCUCUGACAAAAGUUGCGAAAGUCAGGGUGGUCCGCGAUCAUCCCGAGACAAAUGAAAAGGUGUCUUCUAUGCAGCCCGCCUUCUCUCACAACUACCAGUUCAGGAGGGGCAGGAAGAUUGGUGUCCUCAUGGUUCAUCCUGUGUUUGCCGAAACGAUGCGCAAGGAGCCAAGAGCCGACUUUCUGGCAAGACACCUGCCCAUGGUUGUUGAGCCACAGCCCUGGUCGAAAUUCGACAAGGGCGGCUAUAUCGACUCCCCGGUCGCCCUGCUGAGAAUGAAGUCUGGUGAACAAGACCAGAGGCUGUACGCGGAAGCCGCCCUCGCCCAGGGCGAUCUUGAACAGGUCUUGAAGGGACUCGAUGUUCUGGGCAAGACCGCCUGGAGGAUCAACCGGCCUGUCUUCAAUGUCCUCCUGGAGGCUUGGAACACAGGCGAGGCCUUCGCCAAGAUCCCACCGCUGCACCCCGACCUUCAUGCCCCUGAAGAGCCCGAGGCUUCUGCUGACCCCUUGGCCCGUCGAGCAUGGCAGAAGGCCUUGAAACAAGCACACAACCAGAAAAUGUCAUACCACUCCAUCCGAUGCUACAUGAACUUCCAGCUGGAGAUUGCGAGGGCCUUCCGAGACCAAGAGUUUUUCUUCCCACACAACGUCGAUUUCCGAGGGAGGGCUUAUCCCAUCCCGACCUACCUCAACCACAUGGGCGCGGACCACGUGCGCGGUCUGCUCCGAUUCUCCAAGGGCAGGGAGCUAGGUGAACGGGGCUUGAUGUGGCUCAAGGUCCACCUGGCCAACGUCUACGGUUAUGACAAGGCCAGCUUGAAGGACAGGGAGGCUUUCGCCAUGGAAAACCUCACCAACAUCUACGACUCCGCAAAUAAUCCGCUUCAGGGCAAACGAUGGUGGCUCAAGGCAGAGGACCCAUGGCAGUGUCUGGCGACUUGCUUUGAGCUGAAGGCUGCACUGGACUCCCCUGACCCCACCAAGUUCGUCUCCACGAUGCCCAUUCACCAGGAUGGUACCUGCAAUGGCCUGCAGCACUACGCCGCCCUGGGUGGUGACAGCUGGGGUGCUCGCCAGGUCAACUUGGCACCCGGCGAGAAGCCCGCCGAUGUCUACAGCGCAGUUGCGGACCUGGUCAGGGCAGAUGUCGUACAGGAUGCGAAGCUGGGCAACCCCAUCGCCAAGGCCUUCGAGGACAAAAUCAAGCGCAAGGUUGUCAAGCAGACCGUCAUGACCAACGUCUACGGCGUCACGUUCACUGGUGCCAAGAAGCAGGUCCUCAAGCAGAUCGAUGCCCUCUACCCGACAUUCGAGAGGGACACAGGCAUCCAAUCCGGUCUGGUCUCGAGUUACAUCACACAAAAGAUCUUCAAGGCACUGUCGACUAUGUUCAAGGGAGCACACGACAUUCAAUACUGGCUUGGCGAGAUUGGUGGUAGGGUGUGCCGGGCCCUGACAGCAGAGCAGCUCGACCAGAUAGCCAACAACACCACCAACCUGCAGCAGGGCUCUUCCCGUGCCAAGGACAUCGUCACGAAGAAGGACCUACUUGAACUGUGCCGGUCGACCAUCGUCUGGACCACUCCCUUGCGGAUGCCGGUUGUUCAGCCGUACCGCAAGAACAGCAGCAAAGUUGUCAAAACAUGCAUGCAGAGUCUCAUUCUUCAGAAUCCAGACCACUUCGACCCUGUCAACCGGCGCAAGCAACUCCAGGCAUUCCCGCCCAACUUUAUCCACUCUCUGGAUGCCAGCCACAUGUUGCUGUCCGCCCUGGAGUGCAAUGAGCUUGGUCUUAGCUUUGCUGCCGUUCACGACUCCUUCUGGACACAUGCCGCGGAUAUUGAUGUAAUGAACCGUGUGCUACGUGACGCUUUCAUCCGCAUCCACGGCGAGAAUGUCAUUGAGCGCUUGCUGUCCGAAUUCGAGGCAAGGUACAGGGGAGGAUUGUACAUGGCCCAGAUCGACCCCUCCUCACCGGCGGGUAAGGCCAUUACGAAAUGGCGCAAGGGCUUGAAAAAGAGACUGACUGGGAAGGACGAGCUCCUCCUAGAGAAGCAGAGGCUUGAGCUCCUCAACUCGGAAGAUGAAACCGAACGCCAAAAGGGCGAGGCCAUGGUCACCCCGGCGAGCAUUUAUGGACAAUUUGCCUCAGAGAGCGGUGCCGAUGUCCUUCAGGAGGAUCUCAGCGGAACCGCCCUGGGCAGCCUGUCGGCCUCGCCCAUUGCCGAAGCCGAUGAAGCCGAUAUCGAUGAAGGUGCAGCGCCAGAUGCGGACGCGAUCGGUGCUGAGGAGGGCGACAUACAUGCUCCAGUGGAGCUGCAAGCCGAGAUGCCUGUUACGGUCUGGCUACCUCUCUCCUUCCCGGCUGUGCCCAAGAAGGGUGAUUUUGAUGUCAAUGAGCUGAGAGAGAGUGACUAUUUCUUUUCCUGA